UGCGGAACUUUGGUCCUUUUGCAACUGCAUCGUGUUCUGACAUCCUCAAGGGUUUAGAAAAGUGAAAAGGUUCAAGAUGUUGAAGACUUUUGUGCUCCUCUUUUGCUUGAGUGUUACUCUGGGUGUAGGUUACAGUGCUAGUAAUGGAACAACCACUGCUACACCAACUACCACACCAAAGCCAACUAAAGGUAAUACAACCACUGCUAAACCAACUACCACACCAAAGCCGACUACAGGUAAUGCAACCACUGCUAAACCAACUACCACACCAAAGCCAACUAAAGGUAAUACAACCACUGCUAAACCAACUACCACACCAAAGCCAACUACAGGUAAUACAACCACUGCUAAACCAACUACAGGUAAUAKAACCACUGCUAAACCAACUACUGMGUCAACUUCAACUCRYCKAAGCACCACAGCGAAAACAACAACYGCUUCACCAACUACCCUUCCACCUSKUGGAASCUUCAUUUGCAGUUACUUUCACAAUUAA